UGCUCGCGACUGCACCUCAGUCGCAACUCUUGCACUACCAUUGUGCAGUCGAUUGACGACAUCGUAGUCAGCUCACCAAUACUAAUUGCUAGAUACAAAAGCGUGUGGCAGCGUCACCAUGGCUGAGCUAACACUGCUCAAGCAGCAAGGCCUGCGCAUUGCGAUAGAGGGCUGUGGUCAUGGAGUGCUACAUGAGAUCUAUGCUUCGGUCGGAAAAGCCUGCGAACUGAAGGGCUGGCCAGAUGUCGAUCUGCUCAUCAUUGGGGGUGAUUUCCAGGCUGUUCGCAACGCGUCUGACUUGAAAGCUGUCUCUAUGCCCUCCAAAUACUACGCUAUGCACGACUUCCACGAAUACUACUCAGGUGCUCGCACCGCACCGUAUCUGACCUUGUUCAUUGGGGGAAACCAUGAAGCGAGCAACUAUAUGUGGGAGCUGUACUACGGCGGCUGGGCAGCACCCAAGAUAUAUUACAUGGGUGCUGCGAAUGUCGUCCAGCUUGGACCCCUACGAAUCGCUGGUCUGUCAGGUAUUUGGAAAGGAUACAACUACAAGAAGCCACAUUACGAGCGUGUGCCGUACAACAGUGACGAUGUAAGGAGCAUCUACCACGUUCGUGAACUGGAUGUGCGCAAGCUCCUGCAGAUCAGGACACAAGUCGAUGUUGGUUUGAGUCAUGACUGGCCACGCAGCAUGGAAUGGAAAGGCAACCACCGGCAGCUGUUCAAGUGGAAGCCAGACUUCGAGCAAGAAGCCAAAGACGGCACGCUUGGAAGUGUUGCAGCUACAACAGUCCUUGAGCAUCUACGACCACCGCAUUGGUUUAGUGCACACAUGCAUUGCAAGUUCAGUGGUGUUUGGCAACACGAAGGUGGGUCAGAGCCAGCAGUGCCCGAAGCCACUGCCAGCAAGUCUCCUGCUGGUGUAAAGAACGAUGGUGAGAUUGACCUUGACAUCGAGGACGAUACUCCAACAGAAGCGCCCAAGAACGACGCCGAGAUCGAUCUUGAUAUGGACGACGCUGAUGAGCCUGCGCCAGCUCCAGUCGCUGCGCCAGCGAAAUCUGAACCUCUAGAAAAGACCAACGGGCAAGCAGUUGUCCCUGAUGAAGUGCGAGAUUUGCUCCCAGCCUCCUUUGCACGAUCCAACUUUCAAAAAGCAGAGACACUGCCGUUCCCUGCAGAAAUUACGAACAAGACGACCAAGUUUCUGGCACUCGAUAAGUGCUUACCAAAGAGAAACUUCCUGCAGCUAUUAGAAAUCACGCCCCAAUCGCCGGCUGAUCUGCAAAGGCCACUACAACUGGAAUACGACACGGAGUGGCUGGCUAUUACACGUGUCUUCGCUGGCGACUUGCAAGUUGGCGAUGCAGACGCGCAAGUACCUGCCGACAAGGGUGAUGCCUAUUACCGGCCGCUUAUUGAAGAGCAGAUCACUUGGGUCGAGGAGAACGUAGUCAAGCCUGGGAAGAUGAUUAUACCGCAUGACUUUGCACAGACCGCGCCCGUGUACGACCCAUCUCAAGGCAUCCACGUCCAAGAAGAGCCGCAAGAAUACGACAACCCACACACGCAAGCGUUCUGCGACUUGCUGCAGAUCCCUAACGCCUUCCACGCGUCACAGGAGGAACGCGCCCAACGCUUGCAAGCAGGUCCCAGGCCAGAGGAACAACGAUCUGGUAGAGGCGGAAGAGGCGGAAGCAGAGGCGGACACAGAGGCCGUGGUGGUGGACGCGGCGGCGGACGCGGUCGUGGUCACGGUGGAAGAGGGCGCGGUCGCGGCCGCUGGUAACGGGCUCGAACGCUGACAGCGACUCAAUCUUACAAACCUUGCUACACAUCCUCUUGGGACUCCAUUUGCGUUCACGUCUCAGACAGAAAACCGAGCCUUGCGCAGCGUACGUGGCUAGUGCGCGGUAGCGACCCCACAGCUCGAGUUUUAUCGUCCCGCUGCAUCUUGACAUGACGGAAGGCGCUGUUUGAGUUUACUUUUGUGGGUUCAGGGUCUGCGCGAAGGAUUAAGGCCCUGACGAUGAUAUCAUUUCUCGGCUUGCUGCCGGCCACGAUGCUGCAAGGUAUGGGCGACAACCGUAAUCGCACGCCCAGCCUCGGUCGCUUAUCGCAGA